AUGAUGAGCGGCCUGACACAGAAUGUCCGGGAGGUGCUGAAGGUCAUCACUAAUGUGCGCGGCUUUGAUAGAGUUUUAGAAAAGGUGAUGCCUGUGUCUUUUGCUCCUGGGAAAUUGGUUUGUGAAAUGAAAGUAGAAGAACAGCAUGCCAAUAAAAUGGGCACUCUACAUGGUGGUUUGACAGCAACCUUAAUAGACAGCAUUUCAACGGUGGCUUUGCUGUGCACAGAACGGGGAGUACCUGGAGUCAGUGUCGAUAUGAACAUAACGUACAUGUCACCUGCUAAAAUAGGAGAAGAUAUAUUGAUUACAGCACAUAUUCUGAAGCAAGGAAAAACACUUGCCUUUGCCUCUGUGGAUUUGACGAACAAGGCCACAGGAAAAAUAAUAGCACAAGGCAGACACACAAAACAUCUGGGAAACUAG